UAUUGAUUGAUUUUCAGCUCAAAUAUUUAGCAGUUGUAUCGCUUUGAAGCUGUUUUGCUUCUUGCUUAAUUUUGCCUCAAAAGCAUGGACACACAGUCUUCAAGCGAUUCGUCGCUGCCCAAGCCAGGGGAUUUGAUAUGGGCGAAGAUGAAAGGUUUUCCGCCUUGGCCUGCUAAAGUCUUGGAAAAAGAUAAGGAUACGCCAUUGUCACGCAUUCCUGUUAUAUUCUUCGGCACUGGUGAAAAAGCGUUUAUGAAGCCAUCAGAUGUAUCAGAUUACUAUGAAAACAAGGCACAGCAUGAAGUUCCCAGAAAACAUAAGGGUUUCAAUGAGGCUAUCCACGAAAUACGUGUGGCAGCUGGUUUCGAAACAGCAUUUGAUGCUGAUCCUCUUUUUGGAGCAAGUACGUCGAGCAAAGGCCCAUCGCCCAUGCUUUCGGGUACCCUUGAAGAUAGGCUUCGCUCUGGUAACGGCAAAUUACUGAAUGAUGCAUUUCUAUCGGGCUUCGAACGGCGUAGAGCGAAUUCCGCGUCUACAAGGUCACGAUCGAGAGCCAGCAGUUCGGCAUCUGCUUUGAAGAAACUGCACAAAGCUAUGCAUCGUCGACGACUCGACAGCGGUAGUUCCGCUGGAUCUCGCCUUGUCAAAGGGUUGCCAGGAUUCGCUGAUCGAGGUUUCGACCUUUUCGACAACUUUCAGUCUUACGAUGCGGCCGACUACGCUAUAGAUGAGAGCCUCAAUCUGUUCGGCAAUGAUGAGGUGAAAUCGAAUCGAUCAAAAAGGUCUCGUGCUUCGUCGAAGCUCUAUGACGAUUUUCUGUUGAAUGGAUUUGGUACAAGAACACGGCACCGUUCGGGAAGCGCCAGCGAGGUUGGCAGAAGGAGCAGGUUGAUAUCGGGCGUCUCUGAUGUUUUCGACGAACUGAUCUUUAACGGAGAUCUGAGUAUACAACAGGCUGCUGAGCAAUUUCUGCAUACGCUAGAAGAGAUUCCGUCUGAAAGUAGCGAGGGAAGACCAGGUACACCAGAAGCACUUGCACCACUCCCGGAACCCGCAGUGUUCUGCACUGCUUGCGGAUGCGAGUGUAAACCUUACGAGGGAAAGUUGCGGUGCACUUCGAAGUUUUGUAAGAAGUUCCAUGACUCGCAGCCUGCUGAAUCGAAAACAUCUGUAGUGACAGCUUCUUCAUCUAGGACAAUUUCAACAUUAUCCAGAGGUCUUGACAAAACAGAGGACAAGACAAGCAAACCGGAUGAAGGUGCUAGAAGUCCUCGGAAGAGCAAAACAUCACAUUUCGACAUAAACAAAAGUGAGCUAGAGGCUGAUCAGCUAUCUGGAUCGGAAUCAUUGCGCAGCCCAAGAACAAAACGUCGACGGCCCGACUCUCCACCGAAUAAGAAAAUGAAAAAAGAGGAGAAAACUAGCACUGAAACAGCAGUUGUAAAGGAAGAGAAAACGGAGAGAUCACUCACGCCUCCAAGAGAAAUGUCUUUAUUUUCACCACCGAAAGAAAAAUCAAGCACUAAUGACACAUGCAGUGCAGUGCAGAAGAGACCUGCCAGAGGGACAGGACGGCCAAAACAAUAUAAAGUGGAAAAAACACCAGUGAUGGGAGCAAAUGGCCAGCGACAGUGCACAUUCUGCAAUGGGCAAGUGCGUCCUCAGAUGUGUGGUAGCAACAAGCAUAGAUGGCGCUGUGUAGACAAGAAGUGUCGGAAAUGGUAUGGAUGGGUGAAAAGUCAUGAAGAGAUCCCAAGAGACUUGGGAAGGAAGGGACGGUGGAAUCGGGCUAAUCGCACAAAGAAACUCGUGGUGUCGGCGGAAAAGAAAGAAGAAGAAGACACCGGCCCUGCUUCACUUUCUUCGCAGGCUGAAGCGGCUUUGGCUGCUGCUGAGAUCCAAUCCAUGCGAAGUGAUAAGACUGACCCACUUGCUCUCAUCGUGGAACAAAAUGUACAGCAGGAAGUCAAAAAGAGACUUGGACGCCCUCCGAAAGAACAUGGGUUGAAAAUCCGCUUGAAGACUGGCAAGGAAAAAAAGGAGGAGACUAGGCAGAAGCGCAAAUAUGUGAGAAGAAAGGAUAAGGUUGGUGCUGGAGUUCUUCCAGGUACAGCUGUUGCAAGUGAGGAUGUUCGACCAGCUCCACCACCACUGACUGAAGCGGAGAGAAACUAUGAGCCAUGUGCCAUUGAGAAGCGUGUCAGAUGGUGGCUGAGCGAAAAGCGAAGAGUCGAUGCUAGUCCCGAGAGACCGUUCGAGACAAAGGCUAUCGACUCAUGCGCUGCAUUCCGCAUGCUCUCUAACGCCUUUCGAGCUGCAGCAGUCACACGUGCUGAUGAAGCUCAGUCUGUAAAUGGAUCAUUGGACAUGCUCAUGGAUUCACUCAUGGGAUCACUUGGUCCGUUGCUAACCAUCGCUUCUUCUGCGUUUGAAAAUCUGAUUCCUGAUGAUCUAUCACAAAUGCUCUGGAAAUCAUCUUCGGUGCAUUUACCUACAUUUCAAUAAGGGCUCAUUGCUUCUGAUUCUUAUUGAUAAUUUUUUAACAACGUUGUACACUUUGUACAGUACUUUCGGCAGUGUUGACCGUUCCAUAAUUUGUAUAGCUGUUUUUCUUUCUUCGAAGCAUCGUUAACUAAUUGUUGGACAGUCGCAUUCUUCCAUCUUGAUUACUGACAUCUUACAGCAAUUUCAGGUUAUUCCACUACACUCCCUACUAAUGAUCUCAGUUUGUUGUUGUUGCUUUUUAGAUUUUAUCGUUUGUUGCGUUGACAUACUGAUGCUUGUAUAGCUAUGAAUUUUAGCACUGCCAUAA